GCAGCGCGUCCUGCCCGGGAUCUGGCUCAAUGGAAGUUUGCGGGUGCCCGUGAUUUCCAACCGUGGGGGUCUGGGGGGGCCUUUUAUCCCCCUCCCCAAAGGGGAUUUGCAGCAGGGCUGGAGCCGUGGAGGGAGCAGGAGCUGGGGGGGGCGGUGUCAGAGAAGACCAUCCCAAAGCUCAGAGGAGCCCUGGAAGGUUGGAUGCUCAUCACGGCGCCAAAGGACGAGCCGGCGGGGAAGGAGCCUGGCUCAGGCUGGAAUUUGGGGCCAAAAAACAGGAGUGCAUCUUGCCAGUCCCUCGCCCGCCUGCGGCCAAGCAUCUCCCAAAGAGCCUCAGCACGGCCGGAACAGUGUGUGUGUCCCCCCCCCGCCUCCCCCCUGGCUUUUUCCUGUGCCUCCACACAGAAAACCCGACCAGCAACGCUGAGCGGCUGCGGCCGCCGCGGGAAAAACAUCCCGGGGACCCCCGGUAGCGUCGGGGGGCACGGGGGGGGACACACGCACACACACACGCACAGGGCCGCAUCCCCCCAGCGACCCACAGCAUCGCUCGCCCCGAGGAAAAAGAGUCGCUCAGCGGCGUGGCGGGGGGGCUGAAGGAUUUUGGGUGGAAGGAGACGGAAAAUAAUCCCCCCCCCACCCCCUGGGGAAGAGGGGGGUGUCCCAGCUGCCAUCCAUCCCCCCCACAAAACAAGGGUUUCCAGCCCCAAAACAGCCUCCGGAUGGAAGAAGGGGGAGAGAUGGUGGUGCCUGGUUCCCCGGGGAGAGAGGAGACGGGCGGCCCUGGGCGCAUCCUCCCAGGAGACGGGACACGGAGGGAGGACGGAGGACGCGGCGCAGAGCGGGGGUGUCCCGAGGGAGCCGAAACGGGGGUAAAAUCCAAAGGGAAUUUGGAAAACCACGGGGGAGUUUGGGAGAGCAAGCGGGGGCUGGAGGGAUGCCCGGGGGUGGAGCAGACGGACAAAAUCCCCCGUGGCCAAGGGGAUGGGCAGCUCUCGGCAGAAGAAAGCCUCUACCAAUGUUCCCACUGCAAAAAAUGCUUCCAGGACAGGUCGGAGCUCAUUUGCCACCAGCGGUUGCACAGAGGAAUCAAAACUUUUCAGUGCCGGGAGUGCGGGGAGGAGUUUGGGCAGAGCUCGGCCCUGAGCUGCCACCGGAAAAGCCACAUGGUGGAAAAACCCUACCAGUGCUCGACGUGCGAGAAGUGCUUCAAGGACCGGUCCACGCUCAUCAGGCACGAGAGGGUGCACACGGGGGAGAAGCCCUACAAGUGCCACGAGUGCGGGAAGAGGUUCACCCGCAGCUCGGACAUCAUCGUCCACCAGCGGACGCACACGGGGGAGAAACCCUUCGAGUGCCCCGAGUGCGGGAAGAGCUUCAGCCAACGCUCCAACCUCUUCACCCACCAGCUCGUACACACCGGGGAGAAGCCCUUCGCCUGCCACGAGUGCGGGAAAACCUUCGCCCGGAGAUCCGAGCUCACCAUCCACCAGCGGACCCACACCGAGGAGAAGCCCUACCAGUGCUCCCAGUGCGAAAAAUCCUUCCGGGGGAGGUACGGCCUCUUCAGGCACGAGCGGCUGCACACCGGGGAGAAACCCUACGAGUGCGGCGAGUGCGGGAAGAGCUUCGGGCAGAGCGGGGACCUCGUCACCCACCAGCGCUUCCACACGGGCGAGAAGCCCUACCGGUGCCCCCAGUGCGGGAAGUUCUUCUGCAAUAAAUCCAGCCUGGUUAAACACCAGAAGUGGCAUUCGGGCGAGAAGCCCUACAAGUGUCACGAGUGCGGGAAGAGCUUCGGGCAGAGCUCGGACCUCAUCGCCCACCAGCGGACCCACACCGGGGAGAAGCCCUACCCCUGCGCCGAGUGCGGGAAAAGGUUCACCAGGAAAUCCAGCCUCAUCGUCCAUCAGCGGGGACACAGAGGACGGAGAACUGGAGAACGCUCAAAACGUGGGACGAGCUUGGAGGAAGACUCUGGCGCCGAGACUCCUGGGAGCAUGAGCAUGGGAGAGGGCUCGUCCCCGUGCCCCGAGUGUGCAAAGCCCCUCGAGGAGGCAUCAAGCCUCCUUGACCAGCAGAGGUGACACAGAAAAGAAAAAACCUUCCGGGGGCCUGGAAGAGGAGAAACAGCUUGGCCUGGAUUGGCUUGGCUUGG